GAAAGUCUGGGACUUUACCACAACUCCGGACUGAGGAGAAAACUUCGGAGUAGCAGUGAUGCCCAUAGCGCUGGAGGUUGGGUGGGACAUGUCCACUAUGCCCCACCUCCUAGAGGAUCAGGGUAGCAAAUCUGGAAUUUCCUUCUGCCACUCCUGCCGUGGAAAUCACUUCAAGCUGCCUGGCAGUCAGAGGGACUGAGCUCCAUUUCCGCUGUGUGUGAGCAGAGCACAAUAACAAGAGGUCCCCUCAUCCCUGCGAGCACAGGGCAUCUAGGAGCCUGCAGCUGCACACCUCUUGGAUUGGAUUCUUGCUAACAAGUUUGGACCCCCCCCCCCCCUAUGCCCCUUGCUGAGAUGCCCAUGUACUCCCCCCCUGCCAGCUGUCUAUGGGGGACUCUGAAACUUUUGCAGUGAGCAGGGUGUCUGGGAUUGAGCAAUCGGCUUCUCUGGGUCGGAUGGGGAUGAGGAGAGGAGGAAAGUUCACUGGGAUGGAGGGAACAUGGACCCACAUGCUCGGGAACCUCAAGGGGACACCAGGGUCUCACUUCUUCUUUGUGGUGAUUUUAAUUCUUUGCUGUGUGAACUGUGGAAGUGGCCAAGAACUCAGUCCUAGAGGAAGGAAUGUCUGCAAAUCUCCAGGUGGUUCAAGUUUUGUCUGCUGCACGGGAUGGAGACAGCUUGGAGAAGAGUGUCCAAUUGCAAUAUGCGAAGGCAACUUUACCUGUAAAGAAAAUGAGGUCUGUGUCCGGCCAAAUGAAUGUCGCUGUCGUCACGGCUAUUUUGGUGCCAAUUGUGAAACAAAGUGCCCAAGACAAUUCUGGGGUCCAGACUGUAAAGAAAAAUGUGCCUGCCAUCCUCAUGGGCAAUGUGAUGACGUAGGUGGUCAAUGUACAUGCAAUCCAAACCGAUGGGGACCCAACUGUGAGAAUGCUUGUCUCUGUAAACAUGGCAAGUGUGACCAAGAGACUGGCAAAUGUACUUGUGAACCAAACUGGUGGGGACCUCAGUGCGCAACUGCCUGUUACUGCAGUUCCAACUCACAAUGUGACCAGGCCACAGGAAGAUGCAUUUGCCAGCCAGGAUGGUGGGCACGGAGCUGUAACAACCAGUGUACAUGCAACAACUCACCUUGUGAACAACUGACUGGACGCUGUUUGUGCAGAGAACGCCUAUGGGGCACACGAUGUGAGCGAGUAUGCCAGUGUUUCAAGGGGAAGUGCAAUCAAGUGGAUGGAACUUGCACCUGUGAGCCAGGCUAUAGGGGCAAAUAUUGCCGUGAACCAUGUCCAGCUGGACUGUAUGGACAGGGCUGUAGGAGGCGGUGUGGUCAGUGUAAAGAACAGCAGCCUUGUACCAUUGCUGAUGGCAGGUGCAUUGCAUGUGAACCAGGCUGGAAUGGGACAAAGUGUGAUCAGGUUUGCUCCCAUGGUUACUAUGGCGACGAAUGCUCCAAAAUAUGUCCUCCUUGCAAAGAUGGACACACCUGCAACCAUCUCAAUGGGAAGUGUACACACUGCAAUCCUGGCUGGAUAGGUGAUCGGUGUGAAACAAAAUGCAGCAAUGGCACAUAUGGAGAGGGCUGUGCUUUUGUCUGCACUGACUGUUAUAACGGAGAGUGCCAUUUUGAGACUGGAAAGUGUCUUUGCGCUGCAGGCUUUUAUGGACCAUACUGCAACCUAACAUGUCUGGCUGGCCAGUUUGGAGUUAAUUGUGACCAAUCUUGUGAUUGCCAUGAUGAUAAGUGUGAUUCUGUCACCGGAGCCUGCCAUAUGGAAGCCAAUCAGCGAAUGGGAGUAAUAGGAGCCGGGGUACUUGUUAUAGUUCUGCUUAUUCUCCUUCUAUCAUUGUUAUGUUGUUGUUGUGUCUGCCGAAAAAAAGAAGCUGCAGCCGACGGAAACCGGGAGCAGGUAACAAACAAGAAACUUCCUCGACGCUUCUGUGGGCGUUUUAGCCGAAUCAGCAUGAAGCUACCUCGAAUUCCCUUACGCAGACAGAAACUGCCAAAAGUUGUGGUGGCUCACCAUGACAUGGAGAACACAUUUAACUGCAGCUUCAUUGAACCACCAUCUGUUGUUGAACAGCCAUCUCCAUCAUGGUCAUCGCGUGGUUCUUUUUCAUCCUUUGAUACCACUGAUGAUGGACCUGUUUACUGUGUGCCUCAUGAGGAAUCAAUGACAGAUUGCAAAGAAAAGGGAAAUGUCAAUGUCCUGGAAAAAAUGACUCCUCCUGUUAAUGAAGAGGAAGCUGGGGAAUAUACUUACCUGAAAGAUUCCGGGUCUCCAAAAUCAUCUCAGGUUGAUAACAGUGAAACUCCAUUACUGAAAUCAUCUGAUAGCGAAAGAUCAUCUUGUGGUUCAGGAUCAACCGGUGGUGCAUUGUACGCUAAAGUCGCAAGGUUAUCUAAACAAUCUAAAGAUGAAGAUGAUGCCUCCAUGGAUAAUAGAAGUGCAACAAUAGGUGCAAAACCCCCUUCUCCAGAAAGAACAAAACCACCUCCACCUGAUCCUUCUACGAAGCCUAAGGUUUCAUGGAUACAUGGAAAGUAUAACGCAAACCAGUCUAAUUCACUACCAGUGUUUAAUAAAUCUCCAGAUAAGACAUCCACUAGUCCUGAACAAUUGGAACAAAAUUCAACCAAUAAGGAGCAUCAUAGAAAGAGAACCCCCAGUGAUACUUGCUCUGCUGGUCAAGGCAAAAAUGAAGAAAAAGUCAUCAUGAGGAAUAAGGACAAGGGACAAAAGCACUUGAAGGAUGUGAGCACAGCAGAAGGCAAACCUGAAGAAUCUGUGUCACCAUCCAAGUCAAAGCACAGAAACAAAAGCCAUGACCACAUAGAAGGCAUUAAUGGGACAGUUCAAAAUGCUCUAAAAAGAAUAGGAAACCUGCAUAUUGACAAAAAGAGCAUUGAUAAUAAAGAUGCUCCAAAGAGUCCAGAUCACUGCAAGUCUCUGGCUGAGGUACUUCAUCCUCAUUAUUCCUCAGAAGCAGCUUGCUUGCUGGCUGCCCAGUUAAAAGAAAAAACUCAAAGCCUCAACAGAAUAGAGGGAAGCAACAAUCUAAAUGGUAUGGGCCCUCUAAAAUCACAAAAAGAGAAGCCUACUCCUCCACAGAAAGCUAAGCGAUCCGCUGCAGCCAUCAAUCAGAAGUCCAGCAAAGCAAUUCUGCCUACAACCACCAAUCUGCAAAAAAUGAUCAGUCCAGUUACGGAGUCUGUAUCAUCUGCAGGAAAUCUGCUUGAAAAACAAAACUCUAAUAGUAGUCAAGAGCAGCCUGCAGCCAUAAAGCAAGAAACAGGCGAACCAACAGUAAAGAAAACACCUAUUAAGAAGCCUCCUAGGAAGAAAAGUAAAGAUGCUACCUUGGACACUGAUGGAAAAGCACAACCAAAGAUGGCCAUAAUGCCACCACAGUCAGUAAAAUAAUGAUUGCAGAGUUGUACACAUUGUUAUCACUCCAAAAGGGGCAUUACAAGGAAUAAACUUGACUUCUGCAAUACACUUCGACGUAUUUUGCUGUAGCCACAUUUUGAGCCAAACAAAACUGAGACAGUGCCUUUGUGAUGAGGACACAUACUAAUGGGAACAAGGUUGUCAAAUUCAGUUGGUCAGAGAUCAAGGAGACACAUCGGUGGUCAUAUAUAUAUUUUUUUUUUAACAAAAUCUACCAUAUAAGUGCCUCUAUAUGUGGAUUGUAUUGCCAGUUCAGACCUGUUGCAAAAGAGCCAUGCUUAUUAGGAAUUGAUAGUUUUGUAAGAACACUUAGCAUGUAUCUCCACAUGGAGAAUGUGGUUUAAAUAAACCAACGCCUAUGAUACCUUCAUAGUAUUGGUUUGUCAAAUGAGACUAUUGAGCAACUAUUCUAAUACAGUUCCUAUUGCCGAAUGCCUACUGCCAAACGUUGCCUUUAUUAUUUAGUCGCCUUAUCAUACUUUGUUUGAAGCAACUAAGUUAUUUAAAGAAAUGCAUAUUUUUGUAUUAUAUUGAAAAAUGAAGAUUAUGAAAAAUCUUUUUGCAAGAGGGAGCAUAAAACGCUAACCGUCAAUGAAAUGCCAAGGCUCAGCAUAGCUGUUGACACUCAACCUUAGCAUCUGUCUUGUAAAGUGCAUAAGCAGUGCUUAUUUUAAUAUAAAAUACCUUACGAAUAUGUUAUACUUAUGCAGUAAUGGAUAAGCUAGCUUUUUUAUAAUUUUAUUUUUUGCUUGGUUAUUUUAAACCAGGAUCAGUAUUUCCGUGGUUAGAAAUGCCUGGCUUAAAAUGCAUCAGCAUGCAGUAUAUUUGGGCAUAAUUGCUGCUUAUGGAU